UUCUGUAACUUUGUAUAGAUGCCUUUUAAGUCACACUCCCACAGUCUCACAGGCUCACUUCACUGGUAUAUAGAAAAGAUUGAAAAGAACAGACCUCAAGCUCUUUCUCAGUCUCCUCCAAUGGCUAAACUCUGCCCAUUUUCAUUUCUUUUGUCUCUGUUGUGCUUUACAUUCUUCACUACUAUCUCUGUUUCAACUGAUGAAGCUGAUAUUCUUCUCUCCUUCAAGGCCUCCAUUGUUGAUUCCAAGAACUCUCUCUCAAGCUGGUCUAAUACCUCAAGUAUUCACCACUGUAACUGGACUGGUGUCACUUGCAUUUCUGCUUCUUCACUCACUGUAACCUCUAUCAACCUUCAAAGUUUGAAUCUUUCUGGUGAAAUCUCAUCUUCAGUGUGUAAACUUUCUGGUCUUACUAAUUUGAACCUUGCUGACAAUCUCUUUAACCAACCUAUACCACUUCACCUGUCUCAGUGUACUUCUUUGGAGAAUUUGAAUCUAAGUAACAAUCUCAUUUGGGGUACCAUCCCAGAUCAGAUUUCUCAGUUUGGUUCUAUGAAAUUUCUCGAUUUAAGCAGAAACCAUAUUGAAGGAAAGAUCCCAGACAGCAUUGGCUCAUUAGUGAAUCUGCAAAUUUUCAACUUGGGAAGCAACUUACUUUCAGGUAGUGUUCCUUCUGUUUUUGGAAAUUUUAGUGAGCUUGUUGUUCUUGAUUUGUCGCAAAAUGUAUAUUUGGUGAGUGAGAUACCUACUGAUAUUGGCAAGCUUGAGAAGCUUGAGCAGCUUUUUUUGCAAGGCUCUGGUUUUCAUGGUCAAAUUCCUGGUUCUUUUGUGGGGUUGCAAAGUUUGUCCCUUUUGGACCUUUCACAGAACAAUCUAACUGGUGAGGUUCCUCGGACACUUGGUUCUUCUCUCAAGAAAUUAGUGUCUUUUGAUGUUUCACUGAAUAAGCUUUCAGGUUCAUUCCCAGAUGGUAUUUGCAAUGCUAAAGGCCUUACAAACCUUAGUCUCCAUAAAAAUUUCUUCAAUGGUUCUAUUCCCACCUCUAUUAGUAACUGCUUGAAUCUUGAGAGGUUUCAGGUUCAAGACAAUGUCUUUUCUGGUGAUUUUCCUGAUAAAAUAUGGUCAUUCCCCAAAAUUAAGCUCAUUAGAGCUGAAAACAAUAGAUUUUCUGGAGAACUACCAGAUUCAAUAUCAAUGGCGGCUCAGCUGGAGCAAGUUCAGAUAGAUAACAACAGCUUCACUAGUAAAAUUCCACAGGGUCUUGGUUUGGUCAAGAGCUUAUAUAGGUUCUCUGCUUCUGUGAAUGGUUUCUAUGGUGAGCUUCCACCCAAUUUUUGUGAUUCACCUGUUUUGAGUAUCAUAAAUCUCUCCCAAAAUUCACUUUCGGGUCACAUUCCAGAGCUGAAAAAGUGUAGGAAGCUGGUCUCAUUGUCACUGGCAGACAAUAGUCUUACUGGAGAAAUCCCCCCAUCCCUAGCUGAAUUGCCGGUGUUAACUUACCUUGAUCUAUCGGAUAAUAAUCUAACCGGUCCAAUCCCACGAGGGCUUCAAAAUUUGAAGCUUGCCCUCUUCAAUGUUUCCUUCAACCAAUUAUCCGGUGAAGUUCCUUAUUCCCUCAUCUCAGGUCUCCCUGCCUCGUUUCUGCAAGGGAAUCCAGGGCUUUGUGGCCCGGGAUUGCCAAAUUCUUGUCAUGAUGACCAGCCAAAACACCAUAGUGCUGGCCUUACUACAUUGACAUGUGCCAUGAUUUCUAUAGCAUUUGCUCUUGGAACUUUAAUGGUUGCUGCUGGCUUUUUUGUGUUUCGUCGAUAUUCCAAACAGAAAUCUCACGCAGGUGUUUGGCGUUCGGUGUUCUUUUAUCCGCUUAGAGUCACUGAACAUGAUUUGGUUUCUGGAAUGGAUGAGAAAAGUGCUGUAGGAAAUGGUGGACCUUUUGGUAGAGUUUACAUUUUAAGCCUACCAAGUGGUGAACUAAUUGCUGUUAAGAAGCUGGUAAAUUUUGGGUGCCAAUCUUCAAAAACCUUGAAGACUGAGGUCAAGACAUUAGCCAAGAUCAGGCAUAAGAACAUCAUUAAAAUUCUGGGGUUUUUCCAUUCAGAUGAGUCAAUCUUUCUGAUAUAUGAAUUUCUACAAAAGGGGAGCUUAGGGGAUUUAAUUUGCAGACAGGAUUUUCAGUUGCCGUGGAGUGUUAGAUUGAGGAUUGCCAUUGGGAUUGCUCAGGGAUUGGCAUACCUUCACAAGGAUUAUGUUCCACAUUUACUUCACAGAAAUAUCAAGUCAAAGAACAUUCUCCUGGAUGCAGAUUUUGAACCAAAGCUCUCAGAUUUUGCUCUCGACCGAAUUGUGGGAGAAACUGCAUUUCUAUCAACCAUGGCUUCAGAAUCUGCACAAUCCUGUUACAACCCACCAGAAUAUGGAUACAGUAAGAAAGCUACUGAACAGAUGGAUGUUUACAGCUUUGGUGUUGUGCUAUUAGAGCUCAUAACUGGUCGACAAGCUGAGAAAGCAGAACCAGAAGAGUCUCUUGAUAUCGUGAAGUGGGUUCGAAGGAAAAUCAACAUUACGAAUGGGGUAUUUCAAGUUCUAGACCCGAGAAUACCGAAUUCUUUCCAACAAGAAAUGCUAGGAGCUUUAGAAAUUGCUCUGCGUUGCACUUCUGUGAUGCCAGAAAAACGACCAUCGAUGUUUGAAGUUGUGAAGGCACUUCAGUCCCUCAGCUCAAGGACUGGCUUUUCAAAUAUGGAGCUCUCUACUUUGGAGGAGCACUCACUUCCUGUCUGAAAAAUGAACCAAAGAUUACCCAGUUUUUGUUUUGUUCUGUAUGUAAAUCUACAUCUCUUGUUUUGAGUUUUGACCACUUCAGAUUGGAAGAAAAAUAUACUUGGCCAUGGACUUCAGUGUUAUUUACCAGAAUUGUUUGGGAUUUUGAUCAAUAGUAGUGCAAGAAAAAUAUAAUUUAUUACUA